AUGAUUCCUUCGACCUCUAGAGCUCCAGUUCCAUCCGAAUUCGACGCAUCCGAGCUGGGUUUGGACGAAAAUGGCCAAUAUAAAGGAUGGGUAGGUGGUGUAAUAAAAUAAUAUCCAUUUCCCAAAAUUUAGGGCGGCUAUAUGCAAGCAAAAGUCGCUAAACUCAAACAACAAGUCCAUGGCCAGGUGGUAGUCAAGUCACAGCUGUUUCGAGGCUUGUCAAUUUAUGUGAAUGGGUAUACAGGUGGGUCUAGAAUAAUGUAAUGAAAUCUCUGAUGUUGAAAAGAGUUGACCUUUGUUCGGUUUUAGACCCACCAGCUUUUGAAUUGCGAAAAAUCUUCGUCGAAAAUGGCGGAUCUUACCAUCAUUACUACAGCUACGGUCAUACAAGUUACACAAUUGCCUCAUCCUUGGCAUUAUCGAAAUGGAACUCUUUGAGAAAGGACGAACACAUCAUAAAGCCGACAUGGAUCACGGACAGGUAGUUUAUUUAUUUUUUUUGAUUUUUUCGCGUUUAGAGGAGGCUAUAUUGUACUAGAUGUCUUACGGAUAAUAUAAUUAUUCCAGUAUCCUAUACAACAGAGUAUUACCAGUUGAAGCAUAUAUUCUGACGCCCACAGAAGGCCCUUCAGCUCAACUUCGCGGAGGAGUCGAUGAAUUUUACCAGCGGUCUAGAUUGCAUCUGAUUUCGACGUUGGCACAGGAUCUAAAAACAUUCGUAGCUGAGUUACGAUGCAAUGCAGAGCCGGAGUUCUCGUCCAGGACGAAGUUCGGAGGCCUUUCAGAGGGUAAUCAGUAAGUUUUUGAUUUUUUUUCUUUUCUGGAUUUUUAGAGAGAAAAAUAAUAUAUUUUAGGUUCAACCUGACUGAAAAGGUGAUAUGCCAUAUUGAUAUGGACUGUUUCUUUGUUUCCGUUGCUUUGCGAAGUCAUCCUGAACUACGGGGAAAACCUGUGGCCAUUACACACUCACGGGUGAGAUUUUAUGUUUGGCCGAAGGAGAACCGGCCUCCCCUCGCAUCGAAAUCGCAAAUUCAUUUUCGGAGAAAAAACCCCGAAAAUGAAUGUUUUUGCGAUGCAUCGCGCGCGACUUCGAAAAAUCGCCGAAUUUGUGGGAAUUUUCUUGAUUGCACGGUGCGAAACAGCAGAAAAAGGGCAUUUGCACUGUGCAAAAUCCACUUUUGUCGCUGGCGAUGCGUCGUUUUUGCUCUUUUCUUCGGCGACGCCCUCCAAAUUUCUUCGCGAAGCAAAUUGGGGCUUGGAGUGAAAACGAUGGAAGGGCCCGCGGCACGUCAAGAAAAAAUAAAAGAAAAACGGGCGCCCAAUGAAAAAGCCUAGAUUUUUUUUUGGCAUUCUGCCCUGUGCAAAUCCGUUUUUGUCCAAAUGGUUUGCAAUAUUUUGACAUAAAGAUUAAUAGUAAAUCACAAGAUAUUGAUACCAAUAGAAAGCUCGAGAGCUGCUUAAGCUAAUAGAACCAAAAUAUAUCCAUAAUCGUAGUAUUUUGACAGUUUUCCAUGGCGAAGAAUGCAACGUCUAAAUAAAAGUUUGUAUCGACGAUACCGAGUCAGAGAGCACUGGAAGGAGGUAUAGGCUCCACGUCAAAAAAAUCCUUAAACUGUUCUUCGAGUAUCUACACCGGUCCCGUCCCGCUUGAUGGGACAGUUUUUUUGAUAGUUGGCCUUGAAAUUUGCACUAUUUUUAGCCUAGCUCGAACCAUGUUCAGAAAAUGCGUCACGAUGACACCCAUUUAGAAUGUACCAGCGGUAUAAAAAACAGUUGUAUACGACUAGUAGUACUCCCUAGAGUUCCCAUUAAAAAAAUUAGGUUAAAAAUUGUUGUUAUGUGCAAUUUGGAUGACAGGUUUUAUGAAUUUUUUUUCGCUGUGAGAACCUUUGCAAUGCCCGCAAUUUCUUGACGUGCGCGGAGGCCGGUUUCUUUUUUGGCCAGACUGAUUUUUAUGCCUUUUGCAGGACGCUAAUGGCAAAGGUUACGCAGAAAUUGCCUCCUGCAGUUAUGAGGCUCGAAAAUUCAAAGUUCAUGCAAGUAUGUGGGUGAAUGAAGCCGUAAAAUUAUGCCCGGAUCUCAAAUGUCUUCCUUAUGAGUUUGACAGCUACAGAGACACCUCAAAACUUCUCUACAGCAUCAUUUCCAGGUAUGUUUUUAAAAGUUUUCUAAAAAUGUUCUAAUUUUAGGUAUACCUUGGACAUUCGAGCGGUUUCUUGUGAUGAAAUGUACAUUGAUCUGACCUCGCUGUGCAAGGAAACACGGAUUUCUGAUCCGUUGAAGGUGAUAAAAGUAAUUCGCGAUGAAAUUGAGGAGACUACAGGAUGCACCGCUUCAGCUGGCCUGGGUAAGCAUGGAUAACCUAAAAUUUUGUUAUAUUGUGGAGUUUUCUUAGUCGAAAUUGAACUGCAUCUUAAUUAAAAGAUUUUUCAUGCAACCUGUCUCGGAUUUUAGGUCCAAACAUGCUGAUUGCACGCCUAGCUACCAAAAAAGCCAAGCCGAAUGGUCAAUUUUAUGUAAAUGAAGCCGAAAUCAAGAAUUUUAUGAAGACCGUGAGGAUCUCAGACCUUCCCGGAGUUGGAUAUUCAGCCAUGGAGAAAUUUCAAAAUGAAUUUGGUGAAAUCAAAACCUGUAAAGAGCUAAAAAACAUUGCAUUGCCCAGAUUACAAGAUGUUUUUGGAGAAAAAGUUGGAAAAAAGGUAAAUUUUUUUGGAUCUCCCCGUUUUUGAAAUUGAGAUGAAGUAUAAAGCUCAAAUUUAGAUAUACGAUUCGUGCCGAGGAAUCUCGGAGCCCUUUCAACUCACUGAAUUUACGAAUCGAAAGUCCAUCUCUUGCGAUGUGAAUUUUGGAGUUCGAUUAAAAACGGAACAAGACCUCAGGGCGUUUCUCACGGACGUGUCGAAGAACUUGUCGGUAAGGCUGAAGAAUGCGUAUGCAAAAGCGAGAACGAUUGGAUUGAGGCUGUUGGUGAGUUUUUUUAUGUUUGUAAUAUGUACAGUAGAGGACCGGAUCCAGUGGCAAAAGACGUGCCAUUUCGCAUCCGGGAAGUAUCGAAAAUGCAGCAAAAUAACUCCCUUUCCACGUGCAAAAAACUCCGUUUUGAAGAGCGCGCCUUUUCCCUCACAAAAAGAGCUUUUGAAAUCGGGAGUCUUUCACUUGGAAAUGGAGGUAUUUUGCCACAUUUUUGGUACUUCCUGGAUGCAAAUUGGUACUGUUUUUGCCAUUGGAUCAGGUCCGCCACUGUAGGUAAAACAAAAUUUGUCCGAAUUUCGGUUGAUCUUUCUCCUGGAGCUGUACUGCGCACAAUUUCAGUUUGAUUUGUCCAUAAAUUUGAAGGAAUUCGCUUUCGAGAUUUGAUGACCUAAUAUUUCGAACUGUUUUAUUGUUUGAAAUGCUGGGUCGAAUCCAAAUUCUAGGCUACGAAUAGGACUUGUUUCGCCCUUUUCAAUGGUUUUUGAAAAAUUUUUGCCUGUUCUAGAUCCGCUCCCCGGGUGCCCCAAUCGAACCCGUCAAGUAUGGCGCCCAUGGUCAAUGUGAAGCCGCCUCCAAAGCGUUCACGCUUGCUGAGGCCACCGAUGACCAGCAGAUUAUCCUAAACACAGCCAUGGGUCUUGCCAAGAAGUUGAAACCCGUUAUAUCCGACAUCCGCGGCGUCGGAUUACAGGCGUCGAAAUUGGACUUUGCCCUGAGUAAAAGACCCGAGACCCCGGAGCGAAAUCCAUCGCAAAUGUCUUUAAAUGGAUUCGUGAUGAAGAAAAGGCUCGCGGACCCAGAUGAAGUAAUCGUUUUGACGGAAGAACCAUCGCAAGAACCGGUAGCACCAAAAAGACCCAGGCCAAAGCCUAAGAAAGUGCCAAAGAAGAAGAUUAAAACAUUGAAAGAGCUUAAGGAAUACAUUGGGAAGCUGCCAACGGUGAGAAAAGGGAGUUUAGAAGGGUUUUCGGCAGGAAUUUUUUGGUUUUCAAUAGGAAAUUGUUCAAAAAUUAUCAGAAAACUUCAUGAACAAAGUUCAUGUGUUACAAUUUCAGCCAGACGUCUUAUUUUGCGUCUGUGGAUGCCAUGAGCACGAAGUUACCCUGGAUCUGAAUGGCGAACCCGAUUUUCAACAGCUGCUCACAUUAAGGUGCAAGUUUUAUCGACUGGUUAGAUCCGAACAGUGGGCGGAACUUCGAGAAGAUUACAAAGACCUUUUUCUGGCGAUUUAUGAUGCAGAAGAGACCCCAAUCUCAUGGCUAGAGUGUGUAGUUGGGCUACGCGACGAGAUCAACCGAAAUGCCCUAAAGCGAUCGAAAUUAAUACCACUUCCGGAAGAGUUCUCACCUAUUCGAAUCUGA